AUGAAGGGUGGAUUUCGUAGCUACGUGAUCGCUCUCCUUCUUAUUCUUGCCUUGUGUGUUAUUUUCUGUAUAUAUAGUGAAAUUUCAUCUCUACGUUUCGACAUAUCCAUGGAAACCAAGGACAUGGAAGUUUCAGGUCGUCUAACGCAAGAUGAGAUUUUGGACAAGUUCUUAGUAAGCGCGAUGGGCGAUAAUAAAGAGCGGGCUGACUCCGAAAAGAAAGGCGAAAGAAAAUAUACCGAGGACGUCUGUGAAUGUGAAGGAGAAUACGUCUACGGACCAAUCACAAACGAGCGGACGAUAAAGAGAAGGACUCACCAGAUGGAAGAAGCGACAAGCUUGGACACCACUGAGCCGCUUGUUAUGUGUCGUGCAAUGUCUCCAAUCACCUACGUCGGAGGCGGCAUAGCAGUGGAACCACUACAAAGCGCGAGACUAGUCGGGAUUUCGCUUGAUAAAAAGUUUUGGAAAUUGUUUCUACGCUAUCGACAGUUCAACGUGAGCCUCACAUCAUCGCUGUCUUAUGGCGCGAUUGACGCUGUCGUCCCCGAAAAAGCAGAGAACAAAAUAAAAUUGCACGGGAAUGGAAGUCCAAAAUUAGGAAUAACAAUCGACAAAGACAGCGAUAUCAGAGAUAUAAAUCAGUUAUUUGGAACAUUAAUAUAUCAAUGUAUCAAAUAUGAUAUCGAUUUACGCGAAGUAGUGGAACUCCGUAUAUUAGAUUUUGUGCUCAAAGUUCACGUACGAAUAUUUCGUCGACCAUACCCCCGUUUAUAUAACAUAUCAACUAAUGACCACAUUAGCAAGAAAGUAACCAUAGUAACGAAGACGUUUGAGCGAUACGAUGCCAUAAGGGAGCUCAUUGCGAGCGUAAGAAAAUUUUAUACAAACGUCACGAUCUUAGUUGCAGACGAUUCGGAAAAUAUCGAGCCGGUGAAAGGAAAAUAUGUACGUCAUUUCCGGAUGCCGUUCGCGGCCGGUUGGUUCGCUGGCAGAAAUCUUGUAAUCAGCCAAGUUCUUACGAAGUACCUAUUGUGGGUAGACGACGAUUUUACUUUCUCACAAAACACCAAAUUAGAGACUUUUGUGCACAAAUUUGAAAAUCCGAAUUUUAAAUUCGAUUUAAUUGCUGGGCGAUACGAGGAUAAGAACGGGAAAUUAAUGUCCCGGAACUACGAUCGAAUUAUUGAACGUAAACGCAAUGCCGAUGGAAGUUACUGCGUGUCACGACGCAAGGGGAAUUAUGGGAAAGUAGAGGGCUUCCCACAAUGCAACGUAACCGACGAAGUGACUAAUUUCUUUAUGGCAAAGACACUGUCUGUACGGGAGGUUGGAUUUGAUCCCGAGUUUGCUAGAGUCGCCCAUUACGAAUUCUUCUGGGAUGGCUUAGGGAGGCUCGCUGUUGCUAGCUGCGAUGACGUCACGGUGCGCCAUUUCUUUGACCGCUCGAAGAAUAGCGAGAAAUAUGAAGAAUACCGCCAAAACGAAAACGAUAAUUUUCACUAUUACGACCGACUAUUGUACUCUGUGUAUAAAAAUAACUUGAAAUGUUUAACUGGCAUGGACAGAAAUAUCCAGGAUUUAGCGGAAUUCAAACGAACGUAUAGAUCAGAUACAUGA